AUGGCAAAUGGGACAAGUGUAAAAGAAUUCAUCCUUCUUGGCUUCCCAGGCAUAUGGCAAUUCCGAGUCUCCUUUGUGGUGGUGUUUGCACUGAUGUACACCCUGACAAUAAUAAGUAAUGCAUCCAUCAUAGCCCUUGUGUGGAGCAGCAGCAACCUACAGACCCCAAUGUACUUUUUCCUCUGUAACCUCUCCUUUCUGGAGAUCUGGUACACCACAGGUGUUAUUCCCAAAGCCAUAGGAGUCAUGCUGGGGACUAGCCAGACCAUCUCCUUCAGUGUCUGCAUCCUCCAGUUGUUCUUUCUUUUAUCUCUAGGCUCCACUGAGUGUUUUCUCCUGUCUGUCAUGGCCUAUGACCGCUACUUAGCCAUAUGCUACCCCCUGAGGUACAGCUCCCUCAUGAGCAGUGCCCUCUGUGUUCGCCUGACACUCAGCUCCUGGCUGGGAGGUUUUUUGGCCAUUUCCCUGCUGGCCUUUCUGACAUCCAGGCUGACUUUCUGUGGGCCAGAUGUCAUCAAUCAUUUUCUAUGUGAUAUAGAUGCCUGCCUUGCCCUCUCCUGCAGUGAUACAUGGCCUGUGGAGCUGGCAACCUUCCUUGUCUCCAUAAUUGUUGUGGUGGCCUCCUGUGUGGUCACGCUGGUCUCCUACAUGUACAUCAUCUCUUCCAUCCUGCGGAUCCAGUCAGCCCAUGGCCGGAAAAAGGCCUUUUCCACCUGCUCUGCCCAUCUCAGUGUUGUCAUGAUCUGGUAUGGCUCCACCAUGUUCCUGUAUGUCAAGCCAUCACCCCAGAAGUCUCUGGAUCUGAACAAAAUUGUGAAUACCUUUAACACAGUGGUAACUCCUUUGUUGAACCCCUUCAUUUACACGCUCAGAAACAAAGACGUGAAGCUCGCCCUGGGACGGGCUUUCCAGGAAAAGUGA